AUGCUGUUAAAUCUUGGUCUCACAGCGGAUGCUGCAGCUGCUCAUACUCCCGAUCCUAGCGUCCAGCUAGAAACGCCACCCGCACCAUCUUCACCUUCCUACUCCCCUGCCUUCUCCUUGGCUACAUUGCCCUUGCCCUUUUUGGGUUCUCUAUAUAACAGAACCCAGCAGACUGAUGGUCCUACCCAACCGGUAGGGUCUAUAUCUGGCGUGGCCAUGAGCCCUAUUGCAUCCAAGCCCAGUGAGGGAGAGUCGUCAAAGGCCACUUUACCGCCCGUCAACAGACCUCGUAUCAGCCGCUCGAAUACGAACGCAACACGCAAGCCCACUCGCUCUAAGACCUCCUAUCAGCUCGCCCAUCCUGCCUCGCAUGCUCGCCACAAGCGACUGAAGCUUCGACCGAAGCUUCUGCUUCAGCUGCAACAGGUGUCGCAUACACCUCGACCCUUGCCCAUCUUGGACAUCCUACCCUCGACCUUGUAUCUACCACGCUUGGCCCGGAAGUUCCCUACCAUGUUCCGUGGCAAGAACGGCCUCGGUCCAAAUGACUUGAUCAUCGUCAUGAGUGAACUAUACGAGAGCACAGUUGCUAGUAUUCCGGAAAGAUCGCCAAGCUCGGAGGAUGACGACGAAGAUAACCGGCAAGUUGUGGCUACUAUCUGCCAGAUGCUUCAAGACAAUGCCCUCCAGAAGGGCAAGGCCGAGAUUUGUUUGAAUUUUGGACCGAUAUGGGAGGCUACGCCCCUUCCUAGUGGUUCUUACGAGUUCGUCGCGCACACUGAUAGUGGAGUGCAAGUGAUGCGCUGGGCAUUGCGGGCUGGGAGGAAUCGCAGAAUGUCUGCACAGCCCAGUUCUGAGCCACGCGAAGAUAACAAGCGAUUCACAUUCAGUGUCAUCGACCCGAAUACUCGUCGGCACCCUGUCAUCGCUUCUAUGACGCGCAACCAGUUAGAAGUAUUCGAUGCAUACUCCACCAUAACUCGAUCCAAUACCGGACCCGCAACCCCAAGCUCGGGCAUGUCAGUGAUCAGUGAUAUUUCUGAUAACGAGGGUUUGGACAUGAAUCCCGAUGCCAAGGUUAUAACAGUUGAGGACGGACUUCGUACGUUGAUUAUCAUCACCGGGAUCUGGGUCGCUUUCCGUGAGGGUUGGUCGAACAACUUUAAUUACGGUGAUCCACUUUCAUCCCCGAUCGGCAAAAACAUCGCCUCUCCACCAUCCAAGUUCUGCACCCCAACGCAAGUCAAGAGUGCAAACAGCAGUCCCACCCGUGGUAAUGGUUUGAUGGAUCUCACCGAAGUUGCCAAUGGCGGCAAGCGCUGCUCCUCCAUCUCGAGUAUUCACCGUUCCUUAUCACCUGUUGAUGGUAAAUCCUUCGGAAGUUUGUCAAAACGCUCAAAUUCAACCGGCGCUGCAUUCAUGGACCGAGCAAAGCGACGAAGCGCCUCAGCAGCUGGAAACCGUAUCAACCGCCAUAGUGCGUUUGCAGGCGGCGAAAAUGGACGUGAGAUUGUUGUGUCUCGACCGCCGUCAAUCAGGCUAAAUUCGUCUCGACCGCCGUCAAUCAGGCUAAAUUCAGCUGAGGCUGAUCCCUCGCGUGCGGCUCUCGAGAGCAAAUCCAACAUGGAAACAGCAAAGGAGAAUUUCCAACCCGCAAAACCUGGCAAGAUGCCAUCCUCCUUUCCAGACCGUCACCAGUGGGACGAUCUCAAAGAGCUUGAAAUUGCUACUCCAGGUGAGGGCAAAGGCAAACGACGACAUCGAUUCAGUUCUCUUUUCACGAUUUUCCACCGAAAGGAAAGGGCUCAUUAG